CCCCAAUCUCACAUGCAAUUACCAAUGGCCAUCCUUAAGCGUCACAUACACAGUGAGCCGGAUUAGUCGCAGUUAAUAUCAAUAAGAUAAAGUUAGUGAGGUGUGUCUGAUCCCAGGCCAGUACAAAAGCCUCCCGAGGGUGCCCACCUCUCUCUUAGGUCCCAGCGUCGUGUGUCUGUGAGAAGCGAAACGCUCGCCUGCACAGCAGACCAGUUGGGCUUCCUGACAGAUUAGCUCCUGUCUUGCUCGCCAAAAAAAAAAUCAGUUCUCAGUUGAGCGAUGGGGAAUUCAACGGGCUGCACCGUGGACGACCUGCAGGCUGUUGAAAUGCAUCUGUGGUAUAAGAAGUUCAUGACUGAGUGUCCAUCUGGUCAGCUCACGCUGCAUGAGUUCAAACAGUUCUUCGGCCUCAGAGGUCUGGAUCAUGAGGCCAAUGCCUACAUCGAGCAGAUGUUCCGCACUUUUGACAUGAACAAGGACGGUUAUAUAGACUUCAUGGAGUAUGUGGCCGCUCUCAGUCUUGUAAUGAGAGGCAAGAUGGAGCACAAACUGCGCUGGUAUUUCAGACUUUAUGAUGUUGAUGGCAACGGCUGCAUAGACAGACACGAGCUCCUCAAUAUUAUAAAGGCCAUCCGUGCCAUCAAUGGAAGUGAGUCGCAGGAAUCGAGUGCUGAGGAGUUCACAAACCGAGUGUUUGAUAGGAUCGACAUCAAUGGAGACGGGGAGCUGUCACUGGAGGAGUUUGUAGCAGGGGCACGUAGUGAUGAAGAAUUUAUGGAGGUGAUGAUGAAGAGUUUAGACCUUUCACACAUUGUGGCCAUGAUUCAUAACCGGAGACACAGCGUCUAAGAGACAGUCCACAUUCAUAUAUUCCAUGUACGGAUCUCCCUUAGAGUCAGAAAACAAGAGCAAAAACUCAACGGUCUAACUCUGAAAGCACUUUAAAGUACAGUCACUUCAAACAGAACUAAAGGGGCCAAGAAACAAGAAACUAAACUGGUGUGGGACGUCCCACAUCUAAUAAACUGACUGUUUCCCAAAAACAGCCUUCUUGCCAAGCAGAAAGAGGCUUCAUGGGAAAAGAAUCAGUAUGAUGUGAACAUCCAUUUAUAGUUUUUUUUUGUAACAUUAACAAAAAAAAAAGA